GACCCAACAAUAUCGUGUUCUUCGCAUUUCUCUAUUUCCAUUUCUUCGCUCCCCGACGAUCUGGCGCGUUGAGAUCUCUCUCGGCAGAAUCCUUGAUUCAGUUUUGAAUGCAUCAGUCGAGUUAGCUGAUUCACAGGAAAAGUAUCUGCUGUUAUUUCGUUCAAUCAAAUGGAGUUACCUUCCCCAAGGAAAAUCUGGAUCAACCGGGUUUUCCUGUCUAUCAUUGUCUUCUCCCAAUUUAGCAAUGCUUUUUAUCUUCCUGGAAGCUACAUGCACACUUAUUCCAAUGGAGAUCCCAUAUAUGCCAAAGUUAAUUCAUUGACUUCUAUUGAAACUGAGCUUCCGUUCAGCUACUACAGUCUCCCGUACUGUAAGCCCCAUGGUGGCGUAAAGAAAAGUGCUGAGAAUCUUGGAGAACUUCUUAUGGGAGAUCAGAUUGAUAACUCACCCUAUCGUUUCAGAAUGAAUACCAAUGAGACAGUCUACCUAUGUACUACUCCUUCGUUAAAUGAGCAUGAGGUAAAGCUGUUGAAACAAAGAACACGGGAUCUAUACCAGGUAAAUAUGAUCCUUGAUAACUUACCAGUUAUGAGGUUUGCUAAUCAAAAUGGGGUUAAGAUUCAGUGGACAGGGUUUCCAGUUGGGUAUACUCCACCUGAUGGUGGGGCGGACUACAUCAUUAACCAUCUCAAAUUCACAGUCUUGGUUCAUGAAUAUGAAGGUAGUGGUGUUCAGAUUAUUGGAACUGGAGAGGAAGGAAUGGGUGUUAUCUCUGAAGCUGACAAGAAGAAAGCAUCUGGGUAUGAAAUAGUUGGUUUUCAGGUUGUCCCUUGUAGUAUUAAACAUGAUCCUGAAGCUAUGACAAAGUACCACUUGUAUGAUAAUCUCUCCCCAAUAAGCUGCCCAGCUGAGAUCGACAAGUAUCAAAUAAUUAGGGAGCAGGAGAGGGUAUCGUUUACAUAUGAGGUUGAAUUUGUAAAGAGUGAUAUAAGAUGGCCAUCACGUUGGGAUGCUUAUUUGAAGAUGGAGGGUGCUCGAGUACACUGGUUCUCAAUCCUAAAUUCACUGAUGGUGAUUUUUUUCCUAGCAGGUAUUGUUUUUGUCAUUUUCUUAAGAACUGUGAGAAGAGACUUGACAAGGUAUGAAGAAUUGGACAAAGAGGCACAAGCUCAGAUGAAUGAGGAGCUUUCAGGAUGGAAACUUGUUGUGGGUGAUGUAUUUAGAGAGCCUGAUUGCUCAAAGCUUCUCUGUGUGAUGGUUGGUAAUGGGGUUCAGAUUACUGGAAUGGCUGCUGUUACUAUUGUUUUUGCAGCCCUUGGUUUCAUGUCACCUGCUUCCCGAGGGAUGCUUCUGACGGGGAUGAUAAUUCUAUAUCUUUUCCUGGGCAUUGCUUCUGGUUAUGUCGGUGUACGUCUCUGGAGAACCAUUAAGGGAACUCCAGAAGGAUGGAGGUCAAUUUCCUGGCUUGCAGCAUGCUUUUUCCCCGGAAUUGCGUUUGUCAUAUUAACAGUGUUGAAUUUUAUUCUCUGGGGCAGCAACAGUACUGGUGCUCUUCCCAUUUCCUUAUACUUUGAACUGUUCUUCCUUUGGUUCUGUAUUUCAGUGCCACUUACCCUUGUUGGUGGAUUUAUGGGGACAAGAGCUCAUCCAAUUGAAUAUCCUGUGCGAACUAAUCAGAUUCCAAGGGAAAUUCCGGCACGCAAAUACCCAUCAUGGCUUCUUGUUCUCGGUGCAGGAACCCUUCCAUUUGGAACCCUAUUCAUUGAGCUCUUCUUCAUCCUUUCCAGUAUUUGGCUUGGGAGGUUCUACUAUGUAUUUGGCUUUCUGUUGGUAGUUCUUCUACUGCUGGUCAUUGUUUGUGCUGAAGUGUCCGUGGUUCUCACCUAUAUGCAUCUUUGUGUGGAAGAUUGGCGGUGGUGGUGGAAGGCAUUCUACGCUUCAGGCUCUGUUGCCCUUUAUGUCUUCUUGUACUCUAUCAAUUAUUUGGUUUUCGACCUUCAGAGUCUGAGUGGACCUGUCUCAGCUGCCCUCUACCUUGGCUAUUCACUGCUCAUGGCAAUUGCAAUCAUGUUAUCAACCGGUGCCAUUGGCUUCCUAAUGUCAUUUUACUUUGUGCACUACUUGUUCUCCUCAGUAAAGAUAGAUUAAGGUUCUGUUGCCAUCAAUCAUCAACUAAGCAAAAGGGGGUCUGGCACGCAGGAAGAGGAAAAUCUAUGUAACUUUUGCUGAGUUUUGUUUCUUGAUUCUAUAACAGCGUAUUGCUAUCCUUUGCCUUGGUAGUUGUCAACUGAUUUUAUUUCGCCAUGUGAUAUGCAAUUUGUUCCCCACCCUGCCUUUUCCCCUCUUUAGUGGUUUUGUAGUUUGCUCAAUUGUCUAGUGCUUGAGCUCCUUUUUUCUUAGCGUGUUUAAUCAAAUUGCCCUUGAAAGUUAUAAUUGCUCAGACUGUCAUCCCCCUUAUUUAUCCAAGUACUUUAGAGUAAUGAUAGUUGGAUACUUCUAGAUUUCUGUUCGGUU